UAUGACCAAGAUAAAAAUGUACUUCAAACAAAGGAAUCUGAAAGAAGUACUCAAGAAGUAUGGCAAAGUGAGGGUAUUUUUUCUACAAAUUACUCCCUCUUCAGUCAACCCUAUAAGACAAGAAAUGAAGAAGAAGAUAAGCUGUCAAGCCAUAGCAACAGUACUCUUGGAAACUACGAUGAAAUGAAGGACUUUUUGACUGAUCAGUCUAAACAGAGUUACCUUGUUGGUGUUCCAAAAACUGACACAGCAAAGGAACAUUUUCAACAAAAACUAUAUACAGUAUAUAAACGACCCUUAUGUUGGAACGGGCAUCAGUCCACCUGUGCAGUUGGGCAUAAUAGCCAUCAUGAACUGGCAGGAGCCAGGCCAUUCAUUUGCACUCAAGCAACAAGUAAAAACAUCUAAUCAGAAAAUGGUUGGUUCUGCUACAAAAGACUGUAUAGGUGGGCACCAGACACAUGUUAUGCAAAAAAAGAAAAACUGCUUGUUACAACCUGUAUUACCACCAUCCUCAUCUAAUGACCCUCCACAAAAUCUGAAUAAGACCAGUUCACACAAGAGACAACAUACCCCUUGUAUUCAGAACUUUUCUGCCACCAAGCUGAAUGCAAUUCAACAAAAGCCUACUGCAUAUGUGCGCCCAAUGGAUGGCCAAGAACAGGCAACAGAUGAGUCACCAAAGCUAAAAUCUUCUACAGAAGUGAACAUCCAUCUUCCUUUGUGUAGAGAAGUCUGCCAUAAAACUGAUAAGAUGAAGUCUGAUGAAAAAGAUUCAUGCUCUGAUCUGAACCAGGAAGAGGAGAAUCAUCUGAGCAACAUAGGACUUUCCAGUGAAAAGAAUGCUGAUUUCAAGGACAGGAGCCCCACAAAGUUUGCACCUCGGAUAUCGAUGUUGGAAGAUGACUUGAAGCUAAGCAGUGAUGAGGAGGACAUUGAUCAGGCAGUUCAGGAAGAAGCCAUUGGAGUCCAAAGUGACAGUGGGGAAGUGCAGGAUCACAGUAAAAGAGCUUCAGGAGUCUCCACACUGACAAGCAGCAGCUCCAGUGAAUCUGACACCAGCUCAGAGUCUGACUCAGAAAGCGAAAGCAGUUCCAGCGAGGGAGAGCGAAGCAAGCCUUCAGGCUACAUUAGCCCUGAGCCUGAGCAACCGACAUCAAAUAAAUGGCAACUGGAUAAGUGGCUCAACAAGGUACAUCCCAACAAAACUGUGAUUCUCAGUAAUACACUUUGCCCAUCUUAUAGUGGUUCAACGGAGGAUACGGGAAAUAGUGAGAAUUUGACACAAAUAUGCCAGUCUAUUCAUAACAAUAAUAAGGAUACCAGGGAAGACAAAAGACCAAGGAGUAUUUGCACAGACCUAGGGAAUAAUAAAGACACGGGAUUAAAAUCAUCAUCUUCCAUUGAAAUUGCUGCUUCAAUAGCUGUUGCAGUUUCCACGACAGAAAGCACUUUUCAGAGGCAAUCUGCUUGCAGAAAACUAACAAGGAGGACAGAACAGACAUCUACUGGCGAUAAUCUGAACUGCUAUAGGUCAGGGGAUCCUUCAGUAAACCAAGCACUUGUAGGUGAUAAUAUAACAGAACAGCCAAAAAGCAGACUAUUGUGCACAAGUAGAGGUUUCCACAGAAGGGAACCCAGGACAUUUAAACUAGGGGGUAACAUUAGAAGGACUAGAGGGCUAAACAAAUCAGCUUCCAAAUCCAAGGAAUUUGUUCUGUUUUCAUCUCAGUCUUCAGAUAUUGACAUAGAAACAGAAAUCUCACCUCUUUCCACAAAUACAUCAGUCACUCCAGCAACUGAAAAUAACCAUAGACUUAAGGAGUUUGGAGACAAUAAUAUUAGUAGGGCCAGUCCAUGCAUUACCAAUACCACUACCCCAACUGAGUUAGAUAAGGAGUUGGACGAACAGUAUUACACACUGGUUCCUUUUGGUAGGAAUGAGAAUGUCUUUUCAAUAAAGGACAAUGAUGAGGUCAAGUCACUUUGGGUCAGGAUUGAUUUAACUCUUUUAUCAAGAAUACCAGUGGAACUGCCCCAGGAGACUCUUAUCAUGAAUACCAAUGGGAAAGAAGCACACAGGUCUUCAACGCAUAGAUGCUUCACUUCAGUAGAAGAGAAAGCUUUGGAGAAAACCAGAAAGAAACGCAAGUCUGAAAAUGAAGCAUCUCGGGAAGUAAAGAAAAACCAUGUAGAAAAGGACAACAGUUUGCAAGAAACUGUUUCAUCUGAAAGCUUUGAUUUGACCAGUUUACACAACACCAACCCAAUCAGGACCAGCACAACUGAAAGCAAAUCUUAUGUUUAUCAGAGAUCUAAACAUGCUCCUUCAAACAAUAGCACUUUGGGUCAAAGAGAAGAUAUGCACUUAAUGUCCCAUGAGCACAAAGAUUUAGGAAGUCAGGUGUUUUUUGACAAUAGGCCUCGCAGUGCAGAUUAUUUUAUGCAAGAAGCUAAACAGAUGAAGCAUAAAGCAGAUGCAAUGAUGGACAAAUUUGACAAAGUUCUGAACUAUACUGAAGCAGCCCUAUCAUUCAUUGAGUGUGGGAAUGCAAUGGAGCAUGGCCCCAUUGUGUCAAAAUCUCCAUAUACAAUGUAUGCUGAAACAGUGGAGCUAAUAAGGUAUGCCCUGAGGUUAAAAUCACACUCUGGACCCAAUGCAACAAACCAAGACAAGAAAAUCACAGCAUUAUGCUAUCGCUGUUUGGCUCUUCUCUACUGGAGAAUGUUUAGACUCAAAAGAGACCAUGCUGUAAAGUACUCCAAAGCUCUCAUUGACUAUUUCAAGAGCUCAUCUAAAUCCUCUCUAGCUUCAUCUUCACAAAGUUCCAAUGGAAAAACCACUGGUACUCCAUCCCCCACAUCCCCCAGUCCUUCUCCAGUGAGUUCUGUUGGGUCUCAAGGAAGUACCUCCAACAGCUCUAUCAUUAGCAUUCCGCAGCGAAUCCACCAGAUGGCAGCCAACCAUGUCAGUAUUACCAACAGCAUUCUGCACAGCUAUGACUACUGGGAGAUUGCUGAUAAUCUCACCAAAGACAACCAAGAUUUUUUUAAUGAGCUUGAUGCAUUAAUGGGACCGAUCACGCUGCACAGUUCGAUGGAGCACUUGGUACAGUACACACGUCAAGGACUUCACUGGGUACGGCACAGUACUCACAUGCUUUAGCCCUUCCUGAGCCCUAAGAACUGUGCCAUCAUUUUCUAUUGGACAUUUAUCUUUCAAGAGUGUCAUAGCAUUUUUUUUUAAAAAAGGAUGGUGAUUCUCUCCUCAGCAUUGGACAGUCCUGCUAACUCAUAUUCGCAUCUUGGUUUUAUUAUCUUGCUUGUAGAAUGGUCACUUGAACUAUUUUGGCACUGGAUUAGGGAAAUCAAUUGCAAGAUUAUUUAUUUUUCAUUAGCGGCUGAAUGUGAUUGUUUUGUGUUUCUGCCAAGGAACUGGUGAGAAUGCAAGAAGCUAUCAUAACAUAAAUUCAUAAUGAAACACCACCGUUUAGCCAGCAAGCAAAGUCUCACACGGUGGUUGUCACAUCAAUGCCCUCUAUGUUAUACACGCUGCAGACACAUGCUGUGCUUGCCUUUGGGAAUAUUCAGCUGUAUAUGUGCCCUUUAGAGCACCCUUAUUCUGUGUCUUGUGCAGAAUCAAAUUGUUCUGAUAUGUAAUUCAUAGGAAGGCUGCAUAUGACAGCUAUUCUAUUUCUUAGGAAUAAUAAUAACCAAUUAAAUAUAAAUCAUGACUCCCAUAAUUAAUAAUUCACCAUAAAAAUGGUAUAUAUAGGAUUAUAAUGUAUAUUUAGGAUACAAUUUUUAAAACACUGUAAUUUUUUACAAGAUAUGUAUGUAAAAACCAGGGCUUUGUGCACAGAGUUUUUUUUCAGAGAUCCUAUUUGAUGCAGUUCAGGCCUCUUGGCAACGGUAAGAUUAAUCUAGUAAUCUUUGCAUUGACUGCAGUUGGAUUCGUUGAGCUGCAAUCAGAUGCUCUCUCUGCCUAUGCAAUCCAUUUACUACAUCUGGAUCAAUGUUACAGUAUGCUGCAUAUUUGGAGAUAGUAAUGCAUUGUUGCAUAGUCAGAAAAUGAAUCUGGAAGCAGUACUGUAUGUCAGCAUCUUCCAUCCAAUCAAGGUCCCCAUAUCUGUCUACAGUUCUAGAAUCAGGUCAAAAUUUGGCCAGGAAGCAGAAGAAUUGUAAAUGUUUUCGGAACAUGUGAAAAAUCAGGGCCACUUCUCUGCAGUCAAAUUUCAUUGACUGCAACCAAGAAACGUGUAUGUAUUACAAGUGUUCCUGAUUUUUCAAGUGAUCUUUAUCCAAGGCAAUAUACACCGUUUUGGCUCUUUUGUG